AUGAAAGCCGUAGAAACAGCUUCGACUGAUUUUCAUGUUUUAGCAAAAUCAUACCGAAUUUUAGCAAUUUUUGGAGUAAUUUUGGCAGUACUUUCUGCCAUUACUGCUACACUGAUGAUACCAAUGCUCUACAGUUAUAUACAAUAUACCAUAUCGAUUUUGGAACCGGAAAUCGAUUAUUGUUUCGAUCAAUCGCGAUCACUGUUGUCUCAAUUGAUUCAGAUUUAUGAAACAAAUGAUAUUAAAAUUCGGAAACAGCGGCAGAUUCUAUAUCACUACGGAUCAUUGUCGUCUCAGAAUAGUGGCCGCGGUAUUCCUUACCGAAAGCGCUUUCCUUAUCGUAUUACAGACCGCAAAAUUUACGGAUUGUCCCCGACCUUAUUUUCUUUUCCGUAUUCAAGAACUGUUAAUCGAACGUUGCCUUAUUCAAGCAGCAAAGUGAGAGAAGAAAGAUGUUGUAAUUGUAAUGUUGGUCUUACAGGUCCUCCAGGUCUUCCAGGAAUAGAUGGAAAACCAGGUAAUCAUGGUGCACGGGGCAAGGAUGGAAUACCUGGAAAAGAUUUCAAACCUGGCAUUCGCUUUGAAAAUAUAUGUAUGACGUGUCCUCCGGGACUACCAGGUAAAAUUGGCGAUCCAGGUUUAAAGGGUCUACCUGGUCCUCCUGGACCUGAAGGCCCGCGUGGAUACUCAUUCUAUUUUCCAGGUCCGCGUGGUCCACCAGGACCCAGAGGGCCACCAGGAUUUCCGGGUUCACAAGGACCGCAGGGUGCUCCUGGGCGUCCAGGCAUUAUUAUACAAGAUGUGGCCAGAUUCCCUGGUACACCAGAUGAAGACGUACCAUAUGAUGCUGAAUCAUCAAGUCGAUUCAAGAAGACUGGGAGCUCGAGAUUACAUGAAUCAUCAGGAUGA